AUGGCUCAUUUUGAAGCUUUAUAUGGUCGGAAGUGGAGGACGCCAAUUUGUUGGGAUGGAGAUGGUAAGAGGAAGUUAGUAGGCCCUGAAUUGGUUCAAAUGACAUCUAAAAAUGUGAAAUUGUUAAAAGAAAAGUUGAAAGGGGUGUUGAGAUUUGGCAAGCAAAGAAAGUUGAGUCCACGAUACAUUAGACCAUAUGAGAUUAUUGAACGGAUUGGUCCAGUUGCAUAUCAAUUAGAUUUGCCAACUGAAUUAUCUCGGAUCCAUGAUGUUUUUCAUGUCUCCAUGCUUCGCAAGUACAUUGCAGAUCCUUCUCAUGUUCUAGAGUCUCAUCCAGUUCACUUGAAGGAGAAUUUGACUUAUACAAAGGAGCCAGUGAGAAUGCUAGACAGAAAGGUACAAAUUCGGUGGAACAAAACAAUUUCACUUGUUAAGGUACUUUGGCAAAAUCAGACAGUAGAAGAGGUUACAUGGGAGCAUAAGGAUCCUCAGAUGCGUGUUCAAUAUCCUCAUCUAUUCGUUACCUUAUCAGAUGCCAGUUGA